CUGAUUGGACCCCUAGCCUGGGAACCUCCAUAUGCCGUGGAGAUCGACGCUAAAAAGAAAACAAAAAAAACUUUGUGGCAUGUUUGAAAGUUAUUAAGGGGGAGUCCUCCUGUGGCACAGGGGGUUAAGGAUCCAGCAGUGUCGCUGCCUUGGCUCAGGCCACUCCUAUGGCGAGGGUUCCAUGCCUGGCCCCAACUUCCACAUGCCAUAGGCCCGGCCCCCCAAAAAAGGAAGUUAUUCAGAGAAUAGAUCUGAAAAGUCCUCAUCUCAAGAAAAAAUCUUUUUAAGUGUAUGUGUUGUAAUAUACACAAGACAGGUGUUAACUAGACUUCUGAUGAUGAUGAUGUCACAAUGUGCACAAAUAUCAGAUCCCCUGAAACUGACAUACAUGUCAAUAAAAAAAUGCAGUACCAUCCGUGCUAGCGCCCCAGCAUCAUUAACGGUUACUUGGAGUGGAUAACUCUUGCCACCUGGGCGGUGGAGAUGCUGCAGGUGACUGGGACGGCAACGUGGCAAACGAACGCAAAUUUGGAAAAGAUGACAACAAGAACUCGUCCUCUUAGGCGUAUGAUAUGGGUUUGGAACUCGGUUUUGCACCCAGGCACCCCCUUUGUGGGAGAAGGCCAGAAGAACAGGUCUGGCACCUCUGGAUUUACGGGAAUUUAUUGAACGGUUUCGGUCUCUCGGCCUAACCCUCACGGCCUGGCCUGGUACCCGCUGCACAUCUGUGGGCCUUAGUAACUCCUAGUGGCACAAUGCUUCCAGCUGUUGGGGUGCGAGGAACGUAAGAACCAAAUCUAGGAAGGGCCAGGUGUUCACAGCCCUCUCGGAAAGGACCGGGCAAGGCUGUAGUGACCAGUGGGAAGUGACACUCAAACCAGCUCCACAGACAGCACUGUCCAGAGUCCAGUCUAAAGGUCACGGUGCCCACAGAGAGACCGGCAGUCUGACUCCAGCCCCAGGGACGGCCCGUGAGCUCAUUGGAUGGUUUUGAUCGGGGGUGGAUCAGAGCUUGCAGGGCUCAGAGGGUGGGCACGGAGCUCUCGCAGGAACACCCCAGGCACAGCAGGAUGGGAGGAGAGAAGGGGGAUCGAGUGUGGUCAGCAUAGAGCCUGGGCCUCGUCACAGUCCACAGCAUGAUGUAUCUGGGGGGGCCCCCGCCCGGUCAUCUGCCGAACACUCAGGGAGGACCGAGGCCCUUUGAGCCUCUGGAACCAGCUCCCAGUCCCUGGGGGCUUUGAUGGAAGCAUCUCAAACGGCCUGGCCCGUUAUCUCCUUGUAGUUGGUAGGAGGCCCAAAGCCUGUUUUGUGUGUAGUGAACUGGUGGCCGGACAAGGGACAGGUGCAGGGGGCAGCUUUCUUUGCCACCUGGUUCUCAAUCCCAUGUCCCUCUGUCGAGAUGAUUUCAGUUGUCUCCUUUAAGGAAACUUUGGAGGCAGCCCCUUGGGUCCAGGUUUCUGACCAGUAGCCCAGAGGCUGGGAUCGCGUCGUAAGAGGGGCACAGGGCUCGCCCAGCUGUGGGUCGGCCUCGCCGCGCGCCCCUCCCCUCCACUGGAUUCGGCCCGAGGGAUGUCGGUUCUUGGAGACACGAGUCUCCCCCCUUCGCGGCGGGCCAGCUUUCCGGGGAAGGUCCUUCCUCUUGGCCCCAGCAGUGUGUCUCUGGAUGUGUUUGUCUGCAGUGCCGCGAGCAGAAUGAGCUUUUUUACAAACAUCCUCCUGCCCCUCUUUGCAUCCAGAUCUCAUGUUCGGGGCCCACACUGUUCUGAGCUUUGCAUGGAUUGCACCCUUCAGCCACCACUAUAACCCUGUGUAGGAGGCCUCACUAAAUCCUCCUGUUUUACUGAGGAGGAAGCUGGUGCUCAGAGGGGUAACUCACCCAAUCAAGCCAGUGCUGAGGAUCAGAGUCGAGGCGUUUGACUGCAGAGCCCUGCUGUGGUCUCUGCCUCUCACCACGUGUCCCUUGGACUCACCACUGGCGCUUCCUGCCUCCUCGCUGCUUUCCGAGGGCAGGGACCGGGUCUCGUUCUGAUCCGUCCCCAAAGCCUGGCUCCCUCUCAGCACUGGUCUCCCCACUGGCUGACAUGGUUCCAGGAAAGAAUUCCACGUGGCAAUGGUAGCUGACCUCACACUGGGGGCUCCAGGUUGGAACCCAGACAUUCUAUAGCGAGAAGAGUGUGUUGGCUCCCCAGAGACAUACAGGACCAGUGCUGGACUGCGGCCGAGUAUUUCCUUUCAUCCAUAUGAAAAAAACGCACAAUUUGUGAGCGAUGGACGAGGGUCAGGGUUCUUUCAGCUUUCUGGUUUUGUUGUUAAUGGAAUGCCCGCCUCACUUAUGCUUGCCUUACGCAGGUGCGUUCAGACCCAUAAGAUAAACAGCAGGCUUACUGCAGCUCAGCCUGUUCUCACUUUUUUCAGGGGAAGCGAAAAGGGGUGAUUUCAGAGUUCCUGCUGUGGCACAGCAGGUUAAGGACCCGGGAUUGUCUGUGAGGCGGCGUGGGUUCCAUCUCCAGCCAAGCGCAGUGGGCUGGGGACCCAGCCUUGCUGCAGCUGUGCCGUAGGUCGCAGAUGUGGCUCAGAUUCGAUCCCGGGCCCAGGAACUUCCAUGCGCCUUGGUGGAGGCUGAAAAGGAAGAAACGCCAGGAGGGUGGGGUGGUGGGGAUUACAUCUCACUGCGGCAAAUUUUCUUUUCAAGGCUUGCAACAGUCACAGAUACCCCCGGGCGUCACCGAACAGACCACCCCGUUCCCUCAGGAAAUACCAGCCCAGAUGCAGGGAGCUCCCUCAGCGCCCGGAGCUCCAAGCACCACACCUACGGGACUGCCCAGCUCGAGGCUGACUAACAGUGGGGGAAAUGACACACCUGAGCCCACCCGGAGCACCCAUUCCGUGGGCCCAGACACCAACACCUGGAACACAGCACUGAUUCCUCACAGACCUGCUCUUGUUCAAGUCGUUACACUCGCAGGUGUGGCCUUUAGUGUCGCGCUGAUCUGUGGGCUCGCGCUCUCCUACGUGAUAUAUCGAUGGGCACAGGCUGAGGAAAAACAGCAACUCGCCUGGCUUUAUGAGAAUGUGAAGCUGCCGGUGUUAGGCGAGGAAGAGGAGGGCCCCGAGGAGGAAGGCCAGGAAGAGUCCACCCACCUGCUUCCAGAGAACGAGAGGGAACUGGACAAGUUCAUUCAGUCAGUUAUUAGAUCGCAAAGAAGAAAACAUAUUGAAAAGAAGAGGUUGAGCAAAGAGCAAAUGUUAGUAAAGGAAGUGAAAAUCAAAGAUUCCGUACACGAUGCACGACUGGGGAGUCCGUGAAAGCGAAUGAAAGAGACGCAGGAGGCGCCAGCACGUGCCGAGGGGACCGUGGCAGGGACGACAGGUGUCUGCAAAUGGGAGCUUGACUCAGUCCUGGAGACCCUCGUACCCGAGCACCCUGACAGAAGAGAACCAGACCUGGAAACAGGAAAUAAAUUCAUGCGACACAGCAAUUCUUGCUUCCUAGCACUUAUACUUUAUGCAUAAACAUAACCUGAUUGGAAUAGAAAAAAUCACACUUUGACACUUCACACGUGUGAGAGAGAAAUCGUCAGUGUUUGCUUGUUUCACUCCUAACCAAUGAUUUCGUCAGGCCCUUUCCCAGAUGAUGCUAAGGAACCGGUUUCAUUAGACAAAGAUUUCCCACUGAUGUUACCUCUCAGUUCCAGUAGCUCUUCUGUUUUACGUGUGAGGAGAUGGAGACACCUGAUUAAGAUACAGUAGUUUUGGUUUUGUUUUUUUGGAUGGUAUUUUGCUUUUUUUUU